CACCCUCCCCUCCCCACCGCCGCCUCCAGAGUUCAGAGUGCAGACCACCCACCACUGUCUCCCUCCCCCCUUCAGUUCCGUAGAGCUCGCGAAGGAGGAAGCAGGAACAGGCGAAGCGGCGGGAGAGGAGGACCGACGAGAUGCAGAUCUUCGUGAAGACGCUGACGGGGAAGACCAUCACCCUCGAGGUCGAGAGCAGCGACACCAUCGACGCCGUCAAGGCCAAGAUCCAGGACAAGGAAGGCAUCCCUCCGGACCAGCAGCGCCUCAUCUUCGCGGGGAAGCAGCUGGACGACGGCCGCACCCUGGCCGACUACAACAUUCAGAAGGAGUCCACGAUCCACCUCGUGCUUCGCCUCCGCGGGGGCGGCUGCAUGAUCGAGCCCAACCUCAAGGCCCUCGCUCAGAAGUACAACCAGGGCAAGCUCAUCUGCCGCAAGUGCUAUUCACGCCUGCCUCCCAAGGCCAAGAGUUGCCGCAAGAAGAAGUGUGGCCACAGCAACCAGCUGCGGUCAAAGAAGAAGUGUAGGUACUGCUGAAGUGCCAUGAAUCGGCUGACUGCUUGUUUAAGCUUGCCAGAACUGUCAGAGUUUUAAGUAUCUUGAUGUAAUGUUCCUGCUGGAUGUUGAGCGCUGUCUCUUUUGAAAACUUGGUCUAGGGUUCCGGUGCAUGCUCAAGAUAUGAUUGUAGUAUGACAGCUUAGCGCUUUUGGUUGGAGGGAGCAUUUAUCUAAUUUAUCUAUGUGCUGUUCUUGUUGUUUUCGAUCUUGAA